AUUAUUUGAGGUGUAAAUAUCAUAUAUACCUACACCUACUAAGUCUGUGAUAUCAUAUAUAAAUAUUAGGAUUGGAAGUUUCGCUAGAUUGCUCUUCUUUCCGUCAGUUUUGGAAAUAUUUAAACUUGGGAGUGUAUUUGUUAAUUUCUGUGAAGAGCUAACUAAGUCAUAAAAAUGGUUUAUGUUACAGGAGAUGGCAAUGUGGUUAAAUCGUCGCCAUUCAGUCUGUUUGGGUGGUUCUGGGGUGCUAUGAAUUUCAUAUACCUGUUAUUCCAAACUUUAAUAAACCCUAACUAUUCAAAACGUGGUGAUAAGUAUGUAACAGAUUAUAGACCUCCAGGAAGCGGGCCACCAAAACCACCAUCUAAAAAGUUUGGUGGCUUUGGGCCAUCUAAUUCUGGACCACCACCGCCACCAAUGGGAGGCUGUGGAUGUGGUUAAAUAUAAUAUGGUAUGUCUAAACCCAAGAACACAAUAAGCGAAGGACCCUCACAUCUACACCAAACUUUUAUUAAAUAAGUACAUUUAUAGAUAAUGGUAUUAAUUAUUGCCUUUUAAUAUAUCACCAGAAAGAAUUGAAAAAGUUAUAUAAUUACUACCUAUCUUAAGAUUUUAUUGAGUUAAGAUCAUAUUUCAUAUUGACCUAAAUGUUUUACUAAAUUUCUAGAUAAUAUUUUCACAUCAAAUCAGAUAUCUCAAAUUAAUGCCCUUAUUGACUAGAUCGGGGAUUAAUUUUUAAUUUGGCCAUAAAAACUGAUAAUGGUACAAGGUAUUAUGUGAGUAUUGAAAGAAAAUUGAUACUUAUUUCACUAUCCAAAUGUUGACAUAAUUAUCUGAAUCAUUGUUCUUUUUUAUGCCUGCCAUGCCACAGACUAGUAAAGGAAGGCAACUGAUUAUAACAACUCAUUAUGGUGUCUCUCAAUAAAAUAAUAUUGUAAAAUAUCAUGUAACAGCACUAAUUACCAAUUUAUAAUGUCAGUGGUGAGAUUGGAAAGUGUAGCCUCAAUACAUUCAAUUAAUAAUUAAUUUAAGAUGGGGGCUCUGCCUUUUCAAUGGUACUACACUGAAGGGCCAGUUGGUCCUGCCAAUUACCAUAUUAACAAUCGGAUCGCUUUUUACGAUUCAUAAUC